CGCUUGAUUCACUGAUGAGCUUCAGGUUUCUUUCCGUAUCAUUUCUUCGUCAUUUUUAUGGGUUCUCUGGACGCCUCUUGCUUCCGCUUCAGCUUUCAUACUAUGUCUUCAAAAUUGCCGUCGGAUUCUAGUUAUGAUCUCGAACAACAGUUUAUUUUGAGGAUGACGGAUCUAGCUGCUGCGGAGAACCUAGCUGCCGAUAUUGAGGCAGGUGUUUCUUUCAAAGAUACUUUCACUCUGGAGCUAAAACCUGAUAUGAGGCAUGGGAUCGUCCGAUACAAUAAUCAAGUGUAUGAGGGUCGCCUGAUGGAUUUACCAUGCAUUAUUGAGUCUUUGAAAACUACGGACAAGCGCAGUUUCUACAAAACCGCUGACAUCUGCCAAAUGAUGAUAUGUACUCAGGGGGAAGACAAUGGCCCCCUUCGAGGAACGGCGGCCUAUCUUGAUGAUCGAACAAGGUCCUGGAAGAAUGUCUCUGAUGCCAGCCGUGAGAAUCGCGAAUUCCAAUUUCUGCACGGUAUCACACCACCGUUGAAGAAUGUUUUGCGGCGUCGAUUCCGUAAAUCACGUCGGAAGCGCUUUGUGGAUAUGCCCAAGAUCGAGAAGGAAGUGAAACAGCUUCUGAGGGCUGAUUUGCAAGCAGUUACAGUCAAGUGGGAAGUGAUCUGGUCAGAUCCACCCAACUCCGCCACCCGUUCCGGUGUAAAUGAUGCAAAUGGUUUCCAGGGGUCCACACAACGAGACAGGCUUGGUUCCAACAUUUUAAGUGGUUCUACGAUGGCGUCACGCACAGGAGCCAGGAACGCUGCGGCAGACGAUGAACUGGAGGAAGACGAGGAAGGAUCCCGCACUUUCCCGGUUGACCAGCGGGAUGUCUUUGGGGACAUCAGUAGUAGCAGUGUGGAUUCAUCUGAUAGCAGUGGAGGUGGUGGUGCCAGCGACGAUGAACGUGCUGCAGAUGGACCCAAGAAGCAGACAGGUGAAUCUUUGUCCAGGCGAGCCACAUUCACCCUGGAACGGGAAGAUGCUGACCGAGAGUGCCUUCAAUCAUCCGUAGGCCCCGGGCGGUCCUCAGACUCUUCUGCCGAUGCCGCCGGUCUUGGUUCUCUCAAGGAUGAACUAGCUGCGGAACUGCUGUUGUCGGAUUCCGGUGAUGAAGCUGACGAAGCGCCAUCAGCGGCUCACCAGCUACAUGAUGAUGACGAACUGGAAGGGGAUCUACAGGCGUCUGUUGCCGCCCAGUUAGUCGCGCAUGCAGUCAGUGACGCCCAUCUAAUACACGACGAGGACAGCGUUGUAGUGGAUGAUGUGGAUGACGACAUAGAUGAUGACGAGAUGGUACAUCGAGGUGGUGAACUCUUGGAUGAUGCCACGUUGAUAGGCUUGGGAAGUCAACAGCAUCGGUUCAUCUCUCACUUGGAAUCGGACGAGGAGACUGUACAGUAGUGACGCUUUACCCAAAAGAUAACCAACUUCAGCUGCUCGUUCACUGCCGUUUCUCCGUCGAUCUUUGACAAAAAGUAAAUCAAUUAUGCAGUCGUUGAGAGAGUUGUACAUAAAUUAUCUUGUAAAUAUAUUCCUCGCGCUGCAAUCCUGCAUUUUGAACUGACUUGGUCUGUAAAAUCCCAUGAACGGAUUGGA